CAGCCCUUUGGGGUUCAGGUGACUGAGUGUGGGAAGCCUUUGUCAUAGGGUAAAAGUUGCAUAGCCCUGGGCUGUAGGCUGCACACUUUGGGUCAAAUAUCAGGUUCUGUAGCUGUGUAUUUUAUCAGAACAAAUCUGUUCUACAAUGAUUAUUUUCCUUAGCUCAGGGUUGUUUUGCCUAUUGAUGGCAGCUGUGGGCAUACAAGCACAACAGACACCUUCUAUAAAUGACCUCAACGCUGAAUGCCUUGGUAACGUUAUUCGUUUGAGUGUCGCUCCUCUUUUUGAAGAGGUUGACGCUGUCUUCAAUGACACACAAAUCAUAAACCUGACGCCUGGCCUUGCUACUCAGUGUGGAUUCAGCUUUAAAUUUGACCCCAUGGGGAAUGCCAUGCUUUUUGCUUCUCUUCAAAACUGCUUUUCCCAAAACAUGGAUGAUAAGAUGUUCAGCUUGGUCAUGCAGUUCAGGCUGCCAGGAAACCACAUGACUGAAGACUCUGUUUACAGAGUGGGCAAAACCUGUAGCUACACCCCCUGGACCUCCCGAGAGAUUCUGUGCGACCGCAACUACAUGGAGGUGUCUGUCAGAAGGACUCUUCCAGACAUCCAAACCAUCCCCAAACAGCCCACUGGGGGCCCGAAAGCAAGGAGCGGCAACUUCCGGAGGGGAGCUGAGGCUGUUGCUUCAGGAUACAAAAUGACAGUCGUCUUUAGUCCUAGCAAGAAUGUCAUGAAUGUGGAUGAGGUCCAAAGAAAGGGCUAUGCAAUAGCCAACACUCCCACACGGCUGGUGUUAAGAAGCCCUCAUAAUGCAGAGGAGACAUACCUCCAGAAUGUAGCUGGGGUUCCGAUGCGGGUGCUAUCAACCUCCACCUUCUUUGAGCAGAAGUGGCUGGUUACUCGAGUAGAUGCCACGGCUGUUUGUCCAACACCAGGGGCAGUGGCCUUUACUCCAGAAGUGAUCACCUGGUACAUGCCCAAGCACAUAGACCCACUUUUCUCCUCUGAUGCCUUCACCAUGUUGGAGGUGUACAUGGGAAUUGACGCUAAGAGGCUGGACAUUGAGGAAAUGGCUGCCAGAAACUACUCGGUUUUAGUCACAGAGGCUCAUAUUAUUGUUGAAAUUCCGGUGGGGGCGGUUGGCGGCUACUUCAAGAGCCAUAUUCAGGAUGACCAGUACUUUGUCACUUACACCAUUGAGCCCAUGCUUGAGUUGCUGUGGAUCGAGGAGGUCGCACACGAGAACACCAGCUAUAAAGUCCUCUUCCCUAUCACAACACCUCCGAUGGCCAGGCCUCCACAAGUUCGCAACUACACGCCCUUAGACACAGUUCCUGAGCAGGCAGUGUUUGUGCUUGAGUUGGGGACCUUCAACCUUGAUGUGGAGCUGCUGAACAUCACCUUUCCCACCAUGGUGCUAACUGUUGCAGAGUGCAACGCCAGGGGCUUCAAUGUUCAAGAGCAAAGAUCCCCGGACAACACCUUGAAGACCUUCAGGAUGGAGGUGCCCUUCUCAGACCCGGUGGUCUUUAAGGAGAGAAGGGCGGAACAAGGUCUCACAACCUUCACUCUUCAGCUGAUCUACGGCCUGGUCAUCUUUCCAGAGUACGCUCCUUUCUCUCACUCUGCCGUUGUGGACGCUGUACUGCUGGACAUUGUGCCACCCUCAGUCACUGGCAACUGUGAUCAGGAGAACUUCCACAUCACUGUGGACUACAGGAACCAAGAGCCCUUUUUUGUGGUCUUGGUUGGCAAGCGGCUGCUUAACCAUGAGUUUGCUCAACAGUAUUUAACAGAGGGCGACACAGACUUCACCAUCACGUUGCCCUUCUCUUCGCCGGACGCAGUGUUUGAGUCGGUUCACUCGUCCUCUGUCAGGAGCAGACUGGAUGUGGCUCUGUUGAAUCCUUACAACAACAUGACCAUCAAAUACUUUUCCCUGGCUUGCAGCUUCCUCAAAACGCUGACUGAGUGUUUCUCUAACGGAACGAUGACUGCGCUGGCAGUGAAGGUGGAGUCUGCUCCCGGUCUGAACCCCGGUCAGCUGACCCUGAGCGACCCCGCCUGUGGUCCCACCUACAGUGACGCUCGCUUCGCCUACUUCCACUUCACUGUGAACUCCUGUGGCACCACCAGGAAGUUUAUCAACAAUGUCAUGCUGUAUGAGAACGAAAUCUCCUUGCCAGAUGAACUUGAGGUGAAGCUGAAUGCCACGACGUCUUCAGAGGAGGAAUAUCAGUUAAAGGUUUCCUGCUACUAUGUGGCCAACAUCACUCGCACAUUGGCCUUCCUGACCAGGCCGCGUGACAAGCCUUUUGCCGAGACUGGGACGGGUCGACUAAUGGUCAGAAUGAGACUCGCUCAGGACGCCUCGUAUAACACGUUCCACCAGGAGGAGGACUAUCCAGUGGUGAGGUACCUUAGACAGCCUCUGCACUUUGAGGUGGAGCUGACCACGUCCUCUGAUCCCAAGGUAGCGCUGGUGCUUGACCACUGCUGGGCCACCCUCAACGAGGACCGCGACUCCCGACCCCGGUGGAAUCUCAUCAUUAAUGGGUAACAUGUUGUUUUUGGGCCUAAACAAG